AUGUCACAUUGCAUCGCGCCGCUAGUGUGGGUCUUUCUCGUCCUGCAUUUCGCGUCAGCAGGAUACGAGUCGGAGCCCUACGAGCUCCCCAGGAAGGCCUUGCGGGACUUGAAGAGCAGCGAGCUCGUCGACGAGCUGGUGUCGUACGUUGUGCUGGUGGACGCGGGGAGCAGCGGGUCCCGUGUGCAUGUCUUCAAGCUAUUGUGGAGUGUUCCUCUCAAGUUCCACCAGGAGUCGCUGGCAGCAAGCAGCAACCUCAUCCCCAACAUCACUCUUCCCUGCAAGAAGCUCAAGACCGAGCCUGGACUGUCUUCCUUCGCCGGCAACCCGUCAGCUGCAGGCUCGUCGUUGGAUGCCCUGAUAGCGUUUGCCAAGGAGAAUGUACCUCAGUCCAAGUGGAAAGACACUCCUUUCAUCCUCGCAGGAACAGCCGGCCUUCGCCUCCUGCCCCGCAGUGUCGCUCGUCAGAUCCUGACCAGCUGCGAGGCUCAUCUGCGAAGGAACUCCCCGUUCCUGAUCGAAUCCAGCAAUGUCGAGGAGAUCUCGGGGGUGGAGGAGGGCGUGUACGGCUGGCUGUCCGUCAACUUCCUUGCUGGAAGACUGCAGGGGAUGCGCAAUGCUCAGCAGGGAACUGUCGGGGCGCUGGAGGUGGGAGGAGCGUCGAUGCAGGUGACGUUCGAGUUCAGCCCUGGGUCGCCGGAUCGUGACCGGGCCGACCUCUCGUUCCACACGGUGACGGUAGGAGGCAACACGUACUCGCUGUACACGCACAGCUACCUCGGGCUGGGACAGGACGAGGCGAGACGAGUGUACAACUCCUUGUCGCCUCCCGCGGAGGAGGAGGAGCCCUGCUUUCUCAAGGGGUACGCGCACGAGGGGUUCGAGGACGAGGAGCGGAUGGCGUACAUGGAUCACUACCGAGGGCGGCUGAAGUCAAGCGUGAGGGGGUCGGGCGACUACGAGGGAUGUCGGAGGAGGAUGCAGGACUUCCUGUCGCACUUCCGUGACAAGAUGCAGUCGGAGGCAGGAGGAGGAGGAGACGGAUGCCAGCGGGAGCCUUGCGCGAUCUCGGGGAUACAUCAGCCUCCUUUCUGGACGAGAAAUCACUCCAAGGUCGUGGUGGCCUUCGAGCAUUUCCGUCACACUGCUGCCGCGCUCAACCUGGUGCCCGGCGGGAGGAGGAGGGAAAGCGGAGGGGAGGGAGACCCACACGCAGGGCUAGGGGAGGGAAGGCAUGACGGUGUGACCAUCCGAGCUCUGAGGGAGGCAGCGAGGACUUUCUGCAGCCUGUCAUGGGAGGAAGUGACGGAGAAGGGGCUGUACCCGCAGAUGCGGAAGGGAAGUGAGCACAAGUACUGCUACAGCGCCGUCUACCUCGAAGUGCUCCUGCGGGACGGGCUGCACGUGCCGGAGGACUACGACAUUCUCAUGCUCGGGCAGAUCGGAGGCGUCGAGAUCGACUGGGCGCCGGGGAUGAUCCUAGCCAAGGCCUCGCAUCCUCUGCGCCAUCGGCUGACGGGCCAGCGGACGGGGGAGGGAGCGGCAGGAGGGAGCGGCAGCAUGUGGGGAGUGCUGGGGUGGAUGGGAGUGUUCUUGGUGCUGUCGCUGCUCGUGAUGGGAGUGUAUCACAUCCUUGCGAGCUUCCUCCCGCAUCUUCUCCAACCCAACUCGUCCUCCUCCACCUGCUGCAGCCCCAAGGUGACGAUGAGCGGGUUGAAGAGAAGCAACUCGUUCACAGAAGAAGCUUUCAAGCUUGUAGGGUCGGCCGUGGACUCUUUCCGUUUCAGCGGCCCAGUCCUUCGAAUGAUCCGGGUUGACUCGCGAGGAUCUUUCGGAAGAGAGUCGAGAGACUCCUCGCCUGCCAGGGCUGGCGGCGCCUCUGCAGCGGUUCUCUCGCGAGAAGGAAGCAGGGAGAGGAUAUCCAGCCUCCUGCCCUCUGAGUCAGCGCAAGGAUCCACCACCGCCAUCUCAACGGGCCUUGGAUCGAUCGGGAACAGGAGGACGGCAUCGAAUAUCCUUGACUCGGACCCUCACUGAGACGAUCUCUCCUCCUCCCUUCGCUUCUUUUGUACUUCAGCUCCUCCUCUCCUUCCUUACAAUCACGCAAUAAACACACCAGCCAUC